GGGCUCCCCGCACCACCCGGAGGAGGCGCCUCGCAGGCACCCCCCCAGGCCAGAAUGCCCGAGGCCGGAGAGCCGUUGCCCUUCUCCCGUGCAGCCCGCGUCGCCCUUAGGCUCAGAGACCUGAGCCCUCACUAAUGUUUAACUCGGGGCCGAAACUUGUGAGCGCCGAGUGACUGCGCGGCCUCGGAGCAGCGGAGCAGGACGUCCGUCUGGGAGGCUCGCCGCCGGUGACUUGGUCCGCGUCCCAGUUCAGAAAGCUCAGUUCUGAGGAGACGCCGACAAUGAAGACGCCCUGGAAGGUGCUGCUGGGACUGCUGGCUACUGCUGCUCUGGUCACUGUCAUCACCGUGCCUGUGGUUCUGCUGAACAAAGGCAAUGAUGCUACGGCUGACAGUCGCAGAACUUAUACUCUAAAUGAUUAUUUAAAAAGUACUCUUCGAUUGAGGUCUUAUUCCUUGCAGUGGAUUUCAGAUCAUGAGUAUCUCCACAAACAAGAAGAUAAUAUCUUACUCUUCAAUGCUGAAUAUGGAAACAGCUCCAUUUUCUUGGCGAACAUUACAUUUGACGCAUUUGGACAUUCUAUAACUGAUUAUUCAGUAUCUCCUGACAGACAGUUUCUUCUGUUAGAAUACAACUAUGAAAAGCAAUGGAGGCAUUCGUAUACAGCUUCUUAUGACAUUUAUGAUUUAAAUGAAAGGCAACUAAUUGCAGAAGGGAGAAUUCCAAACAACACACAGUGGAUCACAUGGUCACCAGAGGGUCAUAAAUUGGCAUAUGUUUGGAACAAUGAUAUUUAUGUCAAACUUGAGCCAAAUUUACCAAGUCAGAGGAUCACAUGGACAGGAAAAGAAGAUGCAAUAUAUAAUGGAAUAACUGACUGGGUUUAUGAAGAGGAAGUCUUUAGUGCCUACUCUGCUCUGUGGUGGUCUCCAAACGGCACUUUUCUAGCAUAUGCCCAAUUUAACGACACCGGAGUCCCACUUGUUGAAUACUCCUUCUACUCUGAUGAGGCGCUGCAGUACCCAAAGACUGUGCGGAUUCCAUAUCCUAAGGCAGGAGCUGUGAAUCCAACUGUAAGGUUUUUUGUCGUAAAUACAGACACUCUGAGCUCAGUCACCAAUGCUACUUCCAUGCAAAUCACUGCACCUGCGUCCAUGCUAAUAGGGGAUCACUACUUGUGUGCUGUGACAUGGGUCACACCCGAAAGGAUUUCAUUGCAGUGGCUCAGGAGGAUUCAGAAUUAUUCAGUCAUGGAUAUCUGUGACUAUGAAGAGUCCAGUGGAAGGUGGAGUUGCUCAGUGGCACGGCAACACAUCGAAAGCAGUACUACUGGCUGGGUUGGAAGAUUUAGGCCUGCAGAACCUCAUUUUACAUCGGAUGGCAACAGCUUCUACAGGAUCAUCAGCAAUGAGGAGGGCUACAAACACAUUUGCUAUUUCCACAUAGAUAAUCAGAACUGUACAUUUAUUACAAGAGGAACUUGGGAAGUUAUUGGCAUAGAAGCUCUCACCAGCGAUUAUCUCUACUACAUUAGUAAUGAAUAUAAAGGAAUGCCAGGAGGAAGAAAUCUUUAUAAAAUCCAAAUUAACGACCACACAAAAGUGACAUGCUUGAGUUGUGAGCUGAAACCAGAAAGGUGCCAGUACUAUUCUGUGUCAUUUUCUAAAGGUGCAAAGUAUUAUCAGCUGAGGUGUUCCGGCCCUGGUCUGCCUCUUUAUACUCUGCAUAGCAGUGCGAAUGAUCAAGAACUGAGAGUCCUGGAAGACAAUUCAGCUUUGGAUGAGAUGCUGCAGGAUAUUCAGAUGCCCUCAAAAACACUGGAUUUCAUCAUUCUCAAUGAAACAAAAUUUUGGUAUCAGAUGAUCUUGCCUCCCCAUUUUGAUAAAUCCAAGAAAUAUCCUCUACUAUUCGAUGUAUACGCAGGUCCCUGCAGUCAAAAAGCAGAUGCUAUCUUCAGACUCAACUGGGCAACUUAUCUUGCAAGCACAGAAAACAUCAUAGUAGCCAGUUUUGAUGGCAGAGGAAGCGGUUACCAAGGAGAUAAGAUCAUGCAUGCAAUCAACAAAAGACUGGGAACGCUUGAAGUUGAAGAUCAAAUUGAAGCAGCCAGACAAUUUUCAAAAAUGGGAUUUGUGGACAGCGAACGGAUUGCCAUUUGGGGCUGGUCAUACGGAGGGUAUGUAACCUCAAUGGUCUUGGGAUCAGGAAGUGGCGUGUUCAAGUGUGGAAUAGCUGUGGCACCUGUAUCGCGGUGGGAGUACUACGAUUCAAUAUACACAGAACGGUAUAUGGGCCUCCCAACUCCUGAAGACAACCUUGAUCAUUACAGGAAUUCAACAGUCAUGAGCAGAGCUGAAAAUUUUAAACAAGUUGAGUACCUCCUUAUUCAUGGAACAGCAGAUGAUAACGUUCACUUUCAACAGUCAGCUCAGAUCUCCAAAGCUCUUGUGGAUGCUGGAGUGGAUUUCCAGGCAAUGUGGUACACAGAUGAAGACCAUGGAAUUGACAGCAGCACAGCUCACCAACAUAUUUAUACUCACAUGAGCCACUUCAUAAAACAAUGCUUUUCUUUACAUUAGCAUCUCAAAACUGCAUGCCAUUUGCGGCUUAUUAAAAACCAUUUUUUUCAUUAUCUCAAAACUGCACUGGUGAUGAUCUUUUUAAAAAUACACUCAAAACAAGCAAUUUAAGGUUGCUUUUGAUCUCAAAUGUUAUACCUACAAUCCAUAGAGACUUCUGUCUUCCCAACAAAUUAUUACUGUGCAGAAGUUUCAACUAUUUGGUCUGGUUUUGUUUCUCAUUUAAAAUCACUGCCAUGUCUGUUGCUGAAACAGCAAAUGUAAAUUGUUUUCAUGGGAUCUUUGUAUAAGUCUGUCGGGCAGCUUUUAAUUUUUUUUUUUUUUUUUUCCAGCUAGACUAGUCCAAAUCCUGUUCCCUUCUCUAAAGGAACAGCAAGAUAUGGGCAAUGAUGUCACUAUGGUAGAGAUCACAAGUAAGAUGCGAAGAUAGCAGGACAUGGGUGAACGGAUUUGAACCCAAGUCCAAGCAUACCCCCCUCCGACCAGGCUACUGCUACCCCUCCCCUCCACCCCUGCGAAGAGCUGUUCACAGCCAGACUGGCACAGUUUUCUGAGAAAGACUAUUCAAACAGUCUCAGGAAAUCAUGUAUGCAAAGCUCUGACUUCUAAGUAAAACCACAGCAGUUGAAUAGCCUCCAAAGAAAUGCGAGGGAAACUGCCAGCAAUGUAAGGCCUCCAGGUGCCAGUUAUGGCUAUAGGUGCUACAAAAACACAGCGAGGGUGAUGGGAAAGCACUGUAAAUGUGCUUUUAAAAAAUACUGAUGUUUCCUGCUGCAAGAAGCAGCUUGGAACUGACAUGCGAACACAUCAGCUUGCCCUGUAAAAGAUGAAAAUAUUUGUAUUGCAAAUCCUAACUCAAAGGAGUCCUUGCAUCAGUUUUUCUUGUUUCAUUUCUUUGAGCAUUGUAAUUAAAAGAGUAUUUUAAGUUA